AUGAACAGGACCAUGGCUUUCAACACAGUGAUCCUAACCCCAAGAAACUGGAGUCUUCCGUAUGACAUCUUCCUACGCUGUAAGAACACUACAGAUAUGACCAUCUUCCUGGCCACCUCGUAUAGUUUGGAGACUGUCUUGGGCAUUCUAGGAAACACGUGCUUGAUUGGGAUCCUGGCCAAGCAGAAGGAGAAAGCCACCGCCACCAACGUUCUCAUCACCAAUCUGGUUGCUUCCGAGCUGCUCAUGUGCGUCUUCUGCCUGCCCUUCACCGUCGUCACCGUCUUGCUGAACUACUGGAUAUUCGGGGCCACCAUGUGCAAGAUGAGCAACUUCAUCCAGUGCACAUCCGUGACGGUGUCCAUCCUGUCUCUUGUCCUCAUUGCUGUAGAAAGGCACCAGCUCAUCCUCAACCCAACAGGCUGGAGGCCUGGCUUCUCUCAAGCCUACCAGAGCAUCGCGGCCACUUGGGUCUUUGCUUCUCUCUUGUCCCUGCCGUUUGUGACCAACUCUACCUUGAAAGAUGGCGCCUUCAAGUGGUACGCCGGCAUCACGGACGUGUACGUGGAUAAGGCUAUCUGCACAUGCCCCUGGUCUACUGAAGAGUACAGGCUCACCUACACCACGGUUCUGCUGAUGCUGCAGUAUUGCGUCCCCCUCACCAUUAUCCUGGUGUGCUACCUGCGCAUCUACCUGCGCCUCCGGAAGAGAAAGGGCAUGUUUGAGAGGAGCCAGCCCAGCUGCCGGACGGUCCACUUGAAGCGCAUCAACCUCUUGCUGGCUGCCAUGGUGGCCGCCUUUGCCAUCUGCUGGCUGCCACUGCACGUCUUCAACGGCGUCGAUGACUGGGACUACAAGCUCAUCCCGUCCUGCCACCACGACUUGAUCUUCUCGCUGUGCCACCUGACGGGCAUGGCUUCAGCCUGCGUCAACCCCAUCAUUUAUGGGUUCCUGAACAAAAACUUCAAGAAAGAAGUGAAGGCCCUGAUCCUCAGCUGCCACCACCGUUCUUUGGAGCGAGAAUACGAGCAUCUGCCUCUGCCAACCGUGCAGACGGAGGCCUCGAAGGGCUCCCUGAAGCUAAGCAGUCAGCAGGUGCCCAUCUAG